GUUUAAUUGAUAGACUAUGUGCCCUUGUUCCAAAUGCGCAGUUUGCGUAGGGAUGCAUGGGGGUGAGUCGGCGGAUCAGCGGUGGAGGGAGGCUCAAAAUGUUGUAGGAUUUUUUUUUAAACUAGUAAGUAAUCAGAUUAAAGGGGUUAUGUUUCAAAUUGGAGGUAUGGACAGUGGUCCGGCAUUCGAUUGCAAGUAAACAGCGAUAUAUCUCCUUUACCCUUUUCACUGGGAGUAAGGACACUAGAAACACACAGCAAUAUGCCAGUUGACCUGAAUGGGUAUUGGAAAAUGAUCUCUAAUGACAACUUCGAAGAGUACUUGAAAGCCCUCGAUGUAAAUGUUGCCAUUAGGAAAAUUGCCACUUUGUUGAAGCCCGACAAAGACAUCAGUGUUGAUGGUGAUCACAUGGUCAUCAAGACCCUCAGUACCUUUAAGAACUACAACAUGGAUUUCCAUGUUGGCAAGGAGUUUGAGGAGGAUCUGUCAGGGGUGGAUGACAGAAAAUGCAUGACCACUAUCUCAUGGGAGGGGGACAAGCUGGUGUGUGUUCAGAAGGGAGAGAAGGAGGGCCGAGGCUGGACCCAUUGGGUGGAGGGAGAUAGGCUUUAUUGGAGCUGAGAGCAUGUGGAGCUGUGUGCAAACAGGUCUUCGAGAAAACUUAAACCAGCCCUGGAACAACAGAACGGUACCCCUUACCUGAGAGUGCAGAGAGACACGGACACGACCCCCAACCUGAGAGUGCAGAGAGACACGGACACGACCCCCAACCUGAGAGUGCAGAGAGACACGGACACGACCCCCAACCUGAGAGUGAAGAGAGACACGGACACGACCCCCAACCUGAGAGUGAAGAGAGACACGGACACGACCCAAGCCUGUGACAGAGAACCACCUAUUGUACACAUCCGUCCAUCAAUCCAUCCUUUCAUUCAUCCUUCCUUAUUUCAUUCCAUCCUUUCACAUUUCAUUCCAUCAAGACUGUUGCCUUGCCCCACCAAAGUCAAACUAUCCACAACAGGGGUGAGCUUCCUAACAAAAAGGAAAACGGUUUAUUAUUAACCUCCAAAUGACCUUCAAUGCCAUGCAACACUCCUUCCGUGGUCUCCAACUGCUCUUAAACGCUAGUAAAAACAAAUGCAUGCUUUUCAACCGUUCGCU